GGGGCAGCUUGGUGGAAACUGGACACAUUUUUACCCCACUCAUUUGGAACAGGACCGAUCUGAACCAUCUUUGUAAGAGGACCACUAGAUGGUCUUGGGUCGUGAACUUGACUUUCUCAAGUAACUGUUUGCAAUAUCUCCCAUGACGUUACAGUGAAUAGUUGGUCAUUUGUGGUUUGAGGUGGAGAAGUUCCUGUAACUAGUCACCAAUUUCCCCUCAUCUGGCUGAGACCUUCCCCAGUCAAGUGAGUCACACUCAACAAUUCUAGUCUAAUACUCCACUUAUGUCUGAGGCUCACUGCAUGCUGCUCAGUGUGUGAUAGCAUCGUCAUAUAAGAACAAGGGAAGUCAUUAUGACUCUUCAUCUGUCAGGUGUUUGGCUGCUGCUCAUCACACAUACAGUGUUGGUGUUCUGUGAUGUGGAAUACCUGGAGAGAACGCAGGGUGACUCUAUAGAGUUCGACUGUAUCUCUGAGUUCAAUGCCUCCAAGCCUAUUGGGCUCUACCUGAAACGCAAGUGGCUGCAGCCCAACCAAGAGGUCCUGUUCGUGUUUACUGAACAAAAGCCUUCGUUUUACGGUGACGUCAAAGAGCGCAUCCAUGUCACGGGAGACCCGAGUACUCACCGGGUCAACGUGACCCUCAGCCAGCUGAAGAGAACAGACACAGACAUCUACUACUGUGAGUUUGUCUUCCCGGACGCCUCCAGCGCCGAUCAAAAGAUUCCAAGCAAUAUGGAGUUCUUUCUGUACGUUGACAAUAUUGAAGAUGUCCCAGACAACAAGAUGGAUGUAGGCCUGAUAGAGACGUGCGCCGGGGGGUCAGCUGUCCUCCCCUGCCUCGCCCCCUACGGUUCCCCCUCGGCCAUGGAAGGGGUAUGCCUGAAGAGGCGGUGGGGCCGGGCUCCAGUGGAGGUGCUGUUCCACUCAAAGCGCCCCUCUUCCUCUGCCUCGUUCCCCCCAGAAGAGAGGCUUCACCUGGGCACGGGCCUGGGCGGCCUGGCAUACAACCUCACCCUGCUAAAGAUGCAGCCGGAAGAGAGCGCCUUUUACAGCUGUGAGCUGCUGCUCCCCGGCAGGUCCGACAACAGUGCCAGGCUAGGGAGAUACGUGUACUUUGUGUCUGUGCAAGGUGUUAGGUGUAGCUGUACUGGUUACACUCCACUGCUCUAUGCCCUUUCUGCUGCUGUGGGGCUGCUACUCAUCUUCCUUAUGGCCCUGGGAGUGGCUCAUUAUGGUAAGACCCGAGGAGACCGUGUCAAACCGCAGCCCCAUCAGGCUUCCAUCUACGAGGAGAUGGUUGGGGUGCGGCCCCCCAACCGGAAUGGAAAAGUGUCUCCCCUCUUACCACCCGAGGCCCCUCCUCUGAGUUCUCAACAGGAAAACCACAGAGAGGCCCGAAGAGUCACCGCUUGUAUCUGAAACUGCGAGGAACAAGGUCUGCCCAAUCUCACCAACACAGUGUUUGACUAUAACUACAACUUACAUAACCUUAAAUUUGGACAAACAAACAUCCACCUAACUUAGUUUGUUGAACUGUAAAUACUGUUGUGGCAUAAACAAUGUUUUGUAUUUGAUGUAAAUGCUGGCAGCUAAAUGUUGUAGCCUUGCUUUACUUUUUGAAAAGUUAUUGUAUUUAAACCAACACAAAUAUUAAGUAUAAUACUUCUCUUUAUUAGUGUUGUAUUUUGACAUGGUACAUUUUUCCAGUCAUGGAGAUAAUCAUGGCCAUUCCAAUAUCAGGACUUACAAAAUACCAAUUUAUACCUGGUGCUAACAUCCCGUCCUUUGUCCACAUUCUGAGACAGAUGUAGACUAUUAAAUACAUUGUGGUCCGGUAAAUUGUCUUGAUAUCAAGUGUAGACUGAUAACCUUUAUAGCAUCAAGAUGUCUCUAUUUUGAAAACUGGAUGGGACCAGGAAACCUGGUCUUAAGGCGGACUGGCUAAUAUGUGGACAAGCUCCAGGACACAUGCUCGCAACAGGGUGCCUGCCUUUCCACAUUGAGUUUGUUACCAUGCUACAUAUCGGAAAUUAACCAGUCAUGGGAUGGUCCACCGGAUGUGUUUGCAUGGUGUGCUGAACCACAGCAAAUAAUUGUAUUUGUCACAUGUGCUGAAUACAGCAGGUGUAGACCUGACAGUGAAAUGCUUAGUUACAAGCAUAUAGAAAAAUAAGUGAGGCUAUACACAGGGGAUACAGGUAAUAUGUAAGCAGAGGUAGUGACUUUGCAGUUCAGUUGGAUGUGAACGCUGUAAUGUCCUUUUGCGAUAUGCAAAUUCUGAGAAGUCACUCUGACCUGAAUAAAAGUGCAAUAGCAAUUUAACUCAACAGCUUACUGUAAAAAAAUAAAUUUAUAACAAGGGGUGCUUCAAGUGUAUUCCUUGGUGUGUGCGAGUCUAAAGUUGCUUCCUUAUCCGGCUGCAUCUAGUUUACUGGCUUCGUCUCUAGAGGUGCAUUAAUACUAAUGUCCACAUGAAAAAUCAAGACUACACAAGAAAUCGACAAGACGCUUUUUAACAGCCAAGAAAAAUGUCAAUUUAUUAAUAUAGUCCGAAAGAAACUCCAUAACUCAUGGAGACAUGUUUUUUCCGGUGCAUGUCAUUAACAUUCUGAGGAGAAAAAAAACAAAA